AUGCCUUACCGACCCGUAAACCUUUCUCGUGAGGAACUGGAGCGGCUGCAGGAGGCCUUUUUGGACUUCGAAAUCCAACGGCACCAUCUUGCUUACGAUAAGUUUCUAUUGUAUCAGACACAAUUACAGCAAGAUAUGUUUUUGCCCAUCUAUAACGAAAAGUCUUUUCUAGGGGGGCACCACGAGGAUGACCUCAUCGAAGGCUCCCGCCAGUCCAUCUUCUGUUUCAUAUUUCAAUGCUAUGGUAAACUCAUUCGCCAGGUCGAUCGACAACUUGAGCUGGAAAAGUCACGACAAACAACAGAACCUCACCACUCUGAACUCGUACUCGCAGCAAGGUUUCGUAAUAGGACUCGAGAUGAGGAGCUGCGUUACAUUGGUCUGCUCUGUUUGCAGGGCUACGUUUGUCUGAGCAUUGCGGAGAAGUAUACCGAUGAUGAACUCCGCCUGUUCAUUCUCAACAGCUUUAUGUGGUUCUGUAAGGAUGGCACGAAUCGUAUUCCAGACCCUUAUGGUAGGCUACGCCAUGGAGCAGAGGGCGAUUCUUCUGGGAUGAAAUACGUAUGUCGGAACUCCGGUGGUAUAUAA